UCUUUUUUUUUUCUUGUCUCUUCGUUGCGAAUUUUAGUGUAGGCCUUGUGGCUUCCCAAACUUGAACGAAAACCCGUUUGCUGCGCUGCAAACCAACUGAAAGAAAACGCUCCGCUCGUUUUCGUGAUUGUCAUCAAAAGUCACUUUAGGACAACAUGCCGCGCCAUCAACCCCUUCGAGCACCCGCGUCGCUCCCCCUGUUUGCCUUCAGCAGUGCAGCUGCCACAUCAUUGCCGACAACGGCAGGCGGCGUCGAGCAACGUGGCGGCGAACAGCUGGACCCGUUUACGUCGCACGUGUCAGUCGCUGCGAACCAGCUGCGAACACCGAUCAGCGGCAGCCCGCACCCCCAGCCAUCCUCGCCAAUGCCCUCCUUCCUUGAUUGUCAACAACAACGACAACAACAACAUCCUCAAUGCGAGAUGCAGCCUCUGACGGGGCGAUCUGCCGUGGAAACGGGCGCUGUGGCCGUUGGGGCGAUGGGUGCUCAGAAGUGGCCAGCGGAAACCGCAGAUUGCCAAACGCGGCGGCACGUUGUUGUCGCACCUCCCACCUGCACCUCCAACAAUCAACGCACCGCCGACCCGUCCCGUGUGCUGUACCUGCCGCCUUGGUCUGACGAUGUGGCGAUCGACAUGUCGGGAAGCAUGGCGCCAGCAGUCUCAGGCAAGCGAGGCAAUGCGCCCGAUGCGUGGGAAGGCGACUUACUGUUGGGAAGUGCCGCAAAUCUCAAGGCAUUACACGUGAACGCUACCAACGCAGCGGCGGCCAACGAGAAGAACGCCGCAAUUGCAGGAGCAUCAGCCAUGGCCGCUGCCACACUUCGCGACAGGCUGAAUGAGGGGGCGGCGCCACCCACUACCACCAAGAAGCGGGUUCAGAUCCAAAUCACCUCCUUCAACAACCCUGCCGCCGCCACCGCCGCGAAUUCGGACGAUCGCGCGCCUGUGGGAGGUUUGCUCAAGUCAAGCUGGUCCCUGCCAUCCCUGACAAACAUUGCCAUGUCGCUCAUUCCGUCGGGCUACCAGCAGCUGGCUGCAAGGCGUGACGGGGAGAGCGUCGCACUACUUCUGGACGAUGGUGCCGCUGAAUCCAGAGCCCCGCAGAUGCUGCAAGUGGCCCCUCAACCGCUGUUUCACGUGUCGGACGACGAGGACGAUGGCGAUGAUGUGACGCAAGGUCGCCCCUUGGCAUUCUCGACAAUUGAGCCGUUCAUUGCUUCAGAAUUGGCGAUCGCCACCACGGCUGCUGCUGCUGCUGCGGCUGCCAGCGCCAACAACCAGCUCUUGCAGCGCCAAAUUAGUCAAAACGCAGCGGGCAGGCUCGAAGGCCCGAUUCACUUCUCGCGCCAGUUCAGCACGACCUCGCAAAGCCAAGGCGACUGCGUGGUUAUCGAAGUCGAGGUGCAAAGUCACAGCGUGCCGAAGCCCCUCGCGGCGCCAGCAAGCACAUCGUCAAUCGCCAGCAGCAACGCCUUGACCUGCCGGUACUGCAAGAUGACCGAAGAGGAAGCCGAGGAAAAGCUCAUCACGCCCUGCGCUUGCAAGGGCAGCAUGGGCGCCGUCCAUCGCGCAUGCCUCCAUGCGUGGGUGCUGUCCCCGUACUCGAAAGGCCGCCGCGACAGCUGUGAGGUGUGCAAAACUGUCUACAGCGCUGAUGUCGUUGCGACAUGGCAAAACGACGAGCGCUUGCACGACUUGGAACGACGCGAGGCGGACCUUGACCUGGAGCGUGCCCGCCGUCGGUCGCGCUUGUGCACGCGGAUUGUUGUUGCGUCCUCCCAGAGCGUGCUCUGUUCCGACACGGUCAUGCGCGUCAUUGUUGUCGCCGCCGUGCUUUUGGUGGUGAUUGCCGCCAUUGCGUCGGCGUUGAUCAUCGUGUCUGCCUUUUGAAAAAGUGGCGGCAGCUGUUUAGUGAAUUUUUUGAGAAAUUAGCAUGUACAAUACUAGGAAUUUUAGGCACA